AUGAUUGGUCGAGAUCUUAAUUUCAUGAAAGAGACCAUGACACAGAUUCAAAAGUUUGUAGAUCGUAUGAAUGUGCAAAUCAACCAGGCUUGUGAGAAAUUUGAGGAGAUCAAAACAAGAGAAGGAGGGAGUGAUACUAACGAACUUGACCAACUGAAAAUGUCUGUCAAGAAGUUGAAAUCGCAGAUUCCCUCCAAGCUUAAAAUCCAUUAUGAUGAUGAUUCAAAACCACAUCGGAAACCAUGGUCUGAUGGAUCCAUUAACGGUAGCAGCAGCAACUACCAAGUCGAUGUAAACAAGUCCGGUUAUUUGCACAGCUUGUACAAGGAGCCAAAGUUUGAUCACACCUCUGCACAGCUGAAAAUGUCUUUCCAUAGCCUCCAUUGGGGACAAAAAAAAAUUUUGGAUUUUUUCUUGAUUUUCCCAGAAAUGGCUACCAUGAAGAAAAGGUUUGUGAUUUACUGGUGCAUUAGCGGGUGCAUUCCAUUCCAAGCAGAACAAGCAGAGCUUUAUGCCAACGGUAUCUUGGAUGGGCUUACUGCAAAGGGCUUCAUCGAGCCUAUCUACAAAAAUUGUGGAUUGAUUGUGGAUAGCUACAGGAUGCCCCCUGCCAUUCGUUGUGUUUUAACCACUGAAUCAACAGUUGAUCAGUUUGGUAAUUUGACGUAUCGAGGCCUCACCUUUUGGGACAGCAGCAUCGUCAACGUUGAUGCGGCUAUUAUUGAUGGAAGACAUGAAAUUAUUUUCAAAAGGGGCACGGAUUUGAAAGUUGUUUACUUGGGAAGGUGGCAGAAUUCGGUCACGCAUCACAUUGAAGUCUCAGACAUUAAAAUUCUCAAUUUUCUCAAGAAUAUGAAACGAUUGAGGGUUCUUAGCCUUCGAGGAAUUUCAUUGAUUACAGAGCUUCCUCAAUUCAUUUCACAACUGACUAGUCUUAAAAUUCUAGAUCUCAAAUCGUGUCACAACCUUGAGGUGGUUCCAGAUUGGAUUGGCUUGCUUGAAAAUUUGACACACUUGGAUAUAUCUGGGUGUUGCCUUUUAGAUCACAUGCCCAAGGGGCUUGGUGCACUAUCUAAUCUUGAAGUCCUUAAGGGAUUUAUUAUUAGAGAUUCCAAUGACGAAAAGUCAUGUACUAUCAAUAAUUUGACAAAAUUGUCAAAUCUACGAAAAUUGAGCAUAUCCGUAAGUAUGAAAGAAUUUCCAACAGAUUUGCAGCUUCAUCAUUUACAAAGAUUAUACCAUUUAGAGAAGUUGAAAAUAUCUUGGUCAGGAUGCAUUUUACGAGGUAAAACUGAUGAUUCACCUAAGCAAGCACAACUAUUUUCCAAGCAGACAACGCUGACAAGAUCAUUCAUUGAGCAGCGUGAUCCAAAACUUCCUCUCUUAUUGAAACUUCCUUCAUCGUUGCAAAAACUAGAGCUUGAGGGUUUUCCUGAGAUAGAUACACCCCGUUGGUUGCGGUCUGACAAUUUGAACAACUUGAAGAAACUUUACAUUAGAGGAGGACUAUUGUGUAAUCUGGACAAAAUAGUAGCUACCACAGUUCAAAUGUUACAAUUGAAGUACUUGAGUAACUUAGAGAUGCCUUGGAAAGACAUUAUGAUGUUAUUUCCCAAUUUAAUUUACUUGGAGAAAGUAGAAUGUCCCGGCCUCAAUUCCUUCCCGUGUGAUCAGAAUGGUGUUUGGAUGAAGAAAGAAUGCCAUUGA